GAGUCGCCUGAGGAACUUCGUGUGAAGGCAGUGACUGCAUUGAAGGCAGUGACUGCAUUGAAGGCAGUGACUGCAUUGAAGGCAGUGACUGCAUUGAAGGCAGUGACUGCAUUGAAGGCAGUGACUGCAUUGAAGGCAGUGACUGCAUUGAAGGCAGUGACUGCAUUGAAGGCAGUGACUGCAUUGAAGGCAGUGACUGCAUUGAAGGCAGUGACUGCAUUGAAGGCAGGGGCUAUCAACGAGUAUAUCCACUAUGAGUCAGGCAGAAUAGCAGCCUCAGAGCAGGCGUACAACAGCGCCAGGAGCAACAUUCAACAGUUGCAUGACGCUGCUUUCAAAUUGAGCAAGGGAGCAGCCUUUGUACUCAUUUUCAUUUAUUUAUUUCUACCACACCAUUAAUCCCA